UCCCGAUUAAGUUUAGAAACGAGUUUUGCACCAAUAAGCCGAAACAAGACACAUUUUUAUAUCACUCUUCUCUAUUUUUGAACGAAUCAUAUGUACGUUUAGUUAUCAAUGUUAAUUACUACAAUAAUGACGAUAAAAUGAAAUAAAUACCAAACAAUCACAAUCGCUACUUAAUGGUAGACCAAAUAUUAAUUAUUUCAUGCCAUUUAAAGAACAUUUCAUCUGUCUAUAUUCGCAAAAUUCAUCAAAAAUUUUAAGGGACUCAAAAACAGUGCAUAAUGUUUUUCAUGUAUUGAAAAACAAAACGUACGUUCUUGCGGAAAAAUCAUUGUGCUGUCCAAUUUAUCAGAUUCGCAAAUUUCUAGCAUGAUAGCAUACAAAAACAUAGGCGGAGAAAGAGAUAGAUAGCAUUCUUUCUUAUGGCUCUUGUACUAAGCGUGACUGAUACAAAGAAAGCAAACACUAAAACCAGUGAUCAAAAUUGUUUACUACUGCGAUGGAACGCGUACUUCCUAUCAUUUCAGUGUACAGAUAAUUAUUUACAUUUUAUUUCCUCAACAAAAUAAAUAGAAAUGUUAAGUAAUCAUGUUCUCGAAUACCAAUUAUUAUUGAGUUAAUAAGUUAAUUUAUUAGUUUAUGCUACAAAAUAUAUGUUAGUAAUAAAGUGGUGAAAAUAUAAUUUAAAAUGAUGGAUGUUGAUGCAACAAGUCUUGAACAACUAGAUGUUGCUUUUAAACUUGAUGUAGUCAAUAUUAUUGACUCCUGUAGGAUUUGUAUGACUCAGACGUUGAAUAUGAGCAGUAUAUUUGACACUGCCAAUGAAAAUAUCGUUGAUGAAAUACUUUUUUGCACAGGAAUCACCAUCAAAGAAGAUGCAGGUCUGCCGUCACAAAUAUGUGAGGUAUGCCGCAAUAAUCUAUCCAUAGCAUACAAAUUUAAAACCACCUGUCUACUAGCAGAUGAAACAUACAAGAAACUGGUACCAAAAAUAAAGGACGAAGUGCCAGAAUCAGGUGUAACUAAUUCAGCUUAUGCACGGUUAACAUUUAAAGAUGAAAUCCAGGAUGACGUAGACAGUGAAGGGUUGGAGUAUGUGAAAACAGAGAGUGAUGUAGAGGCUGCAGAUGAUGUGAAAACCAAUGUUAAAGGGCGUAAUAAAGAAUUUGAGGAUGUAAAAAUAGAGAAUGAGUUGGAAAUUGUGGAUGGAGUUUUGAGAAAAAGUAGUCCAAUCAAGGUAAAAGCUAGAGGACGUCCAAGGAAGGCGACUGGGGCCAACGCUAAGCCGAGACCCUUGAGGAAGUUCAAAUUCAGAAGGUUAUGCUGUGAAGUAUGUAAUCUCAAGUUUGAUACGAAGGAACAGAGCAAUGAUCAUAAGAGACAAGCCCAUAAGGAUAUGUGGAUUUGUGAGGUCUGCGGUAAAAGUUUCAUCCACCGAGCGUCCCACUACACCCAUGUAAAGUCCCAUCAGCCCCCGAACUAUGGGUGCGACCAAUGCGACUAUAAAACAUGGCAUAAAUCUGAUCUCGUCAAACAUGUCAGGAUACAUGCUGGUCUAAAACUAUACCAAUGUGAGUACUGCAGUACGUCCUACUACACGUCGUCGAACCUGACUAGCCACAUCAGACGACUACACAUGAAAGAGAGACUGUAUGAUUGUAGCAUAUGUAAGCGCACCUUCUUCGAUAAGACCAAACUGAACAGACAUCUGGAUUCACAUUUUGAUAUUAAAAGGUUCGAAUGCAACGUUUGCCACGCCUGUUUCACCCGAAGAUGCUACUGGAAGAAGCACCUUCUUAGACAGCACGACAUCGUCACUCCCCCUCAGAGACCAGGUCGGCAGAAGACCAACGAAGUCAUAGGAGACUAUCUAGAAAAACAAGCCAUCGGAGACUUUUAUCAGAAAGGCGAUUUGGUUGAUAGUAAAGAAUCAUAGCAAUAAUAGGGAUGAUGACGGGGUAGGAAAAUUAAAAAUCUAUUUAGUCCGUCAGUUAGGUAAUGACAU